GAGCCGGGCCGGGGGGCGGGCCUUCCGGGAGAGGGGCGCGUGCGCGUGGGAGAGGAAGGUCGCGAGUAGCACAGGCAAGCGGGAUCCGGUCAGUUGCAGGGGAUCGGAGGCGUUGUCGUCGGACUGAGUCCAGCGGGCAGAGGUUCAGAGCCGUUCACGUCCCUACGACCCAGUGGAUCGAUUAGUACCAGACUUUAAGAAUAAUACAACAUCACGUUUAGGUUGUUUUUCUGUGAGCUACGUGUGCAGAAGGUGUGGGUUCCCCGAGGCCUGAGGAGUAGGAGCGCACCCACCAUGCACCUGAGUUUUGAGGUCAGCGUCCACGCAGGGAGGCGUCUACUUGUUCUCAGGUCGGAGGGCCUCUUGCUGCUCAGAAAAUGUCUUCCCUUUCAGAAUAUGCCUUGCGCAUGACUCGUCUGAGUGCCCGGCUGUUUGGUGAAAUUGCCAGGCCUACUGACUCCAAAUCAAUGAAAGUGGUGAAACUGUUUAGUGAGCAGCCUUUGGCCAAGAGGAAGGAGACUUAUGACUGGUAUCCAAAUCACAACACUUAUUUUGCACUCAUGGGGACACUACGUUUCCUUGGCCUCUAUAGAGAUGAGCAUCAGGACUUCAAGGAUGAGCAGCUGCGUCUCAAGAAGCUUCGUGGCAAAGGAAAACCUAGGAAAGGAGAAGGGAAAAGAGCCACAAAAAAGAAAUAGUGCUGGUCCAUCAGAAGAGAAAAGUUCUUCCUCAGCAGCUGACCACAGAAGAAGGUGUAUUUAUCUUUCUACUUGCUGGAGGAGUGUGAGCUUCCAAGACUGAAGAGUAUUUGAAGGAACACGAUCAUUUCUGUGUUGAAGUCCAAUUCAGUCGAGUUGUAACUGGUUCCUUGGACACUUUCUAAUUCUGCAAACUUAUUCUGGCUUUGGUUUUAUACUGUGAGGUUUACCUCUUUCUCUGGAGAAAUGAAUGCAUAGGUGGUUGAAGACAGACUCAUAUGGGGUGGGAAUGGAAGGUUGGGAUCAUGGGAGGAGACUCGUUAAAUGAGCAUCGUUUCAUCUCCCCAGGAUCCCAUUACACCAGCCCUUACCUCUGCCAUCCCUCUGGCCCUUCAACCACUGUCUCUACCACCAAGCUCACAAAGUUUCUGAACCAUCCACAUCUCCUUAGAGAGUAGUAUCUACUGAGCUAGAUUUGGGGGAAAGGCUGUACCUGCUAAGAGAGUACUGAGUGUACACUACCUGCUGUACAUAAGGUACUGGGGCCCUAGUAAUACCAUGGUUAGCAAGAGAAAACAGUCCCUACUUCAUGGAACUUUGAGGCUUGUGUGAAAGAUUAAUAUCAUUACAUAAAUAAAAUUGUUUAAAUGCUACAGAGGA